GCCUCCUCUUCAAUCAUGUCUGUUCAAUACGCUCGUAGUCAAAUGUCCUCUGGAGGAUCCAUGGGAGGAUCCAUGGGAGGAUCCCGCUUGUCCAUGUCCGGUGGUCGUACAUCUGGCAUGUAUGCAGGCAGCAUGCACGGAGGAGCUGGAGGAUAUGGAACACGUAUCUCAAGCUCCUCUGCUUCUCGUUCCUUCUCUGCUGGAGGAGGUGGUGGCUUUGGAGGUGGUGCUGGUUUCGGAUCUGGUGCUGGUUUUGGUGGCGGUGGUGGUUCUGGUUUCGGUGGUGGCGCUGGCUUCAACCUGUCUGAUGCUGUUGAUGUGUCUGCAAACGAGAAAGCCACCAUGCAAAACCUCAAUGACCGUCUGGCCUCCUACCUGGAGAAGGUGCGCUCCCUCGAGAAGGCCAAUGCUGAUCUUGAGCUGAAGAUUCGCCAGUUCCUGGAGAGCAAGACAUCCCCCUCUGCUCGAGACUACAGCGCCUACUACGCUACUAUCAGUGACCUCCAGAACAAAAUCCAGGAUGCCACACGUGUAAAUGGAGGCAUCUACCUCAGCAUUGACAAUGCCAAGUUGGCUGCAGAUGACUUCAGGGUCAAAUAUGAGAAUGAGCUGAGCAUGAGGCAGUCUGUAGAGGCAGACAUUGCUGGCCUGAGGAGGGUGCUGGAUGAGCUGACAAUGGCCAGAUCCGACCUGGAGAUGCAGAUUGAGGGUCUAAAAGAAGAACUGAUCUUCCUCAAGAAGAACCACGAGGAGGAACUCUUGGCAGCACGGUCCCAGAUGAGUGGACAAGUCAACGUAGAGGUAGAUGCAGCACCACAGGAAGACCUGUCAAAGAUCAUGGCUGAAAUCCGUGAGCAAUACGAGGGAGUUGCAGCCAAGAACCGCAAAGAACUCGAGGGCUGGUUCCAGUCUAAGAGUGAAGCCAUCCACAAAGAAGUCGAAGUAAACACAGAAAGCCUUCAAACAUCCAAAUCAGAAAUCACAGAGCUUAAACGCACACUCCAGGGUCUUGAAAUCGAGCUACAGUCACAACUCAGUAUGAAAGCGUCGUUGGAAGGCACUUUGGCAGACACACAGGCCCGCUACUCCAACAUGUUAAACGGUUAUCAAAUGCAGGUAACCGCCCUGGAGCAGCAGCUGGGGCAGCUUCGUGCUGAUCUGGAUCGUCAAAGUCAAGAGUACCAGAUGCUUCUGGACAUCAAGACCAGACUAGAGAUGGAGAUUGCGGAGUACAGGAGACUGCUGGAUGGGGAGGCUUCUGGAAGUGUCCAAACUGCAAAAUCCUCAUCCUCAUCCUCAUCCUCAUCCACAACCUCAACUACACGCAAAGUGGUCACCAUUGUAGAGGAGGUGAAAGACGGAAAAGUGAUCUCCUCCACCCAGGCUGUGACUGAGACCAAGUGAGAUUUCAAAAAAGAACAACCAGUAUGAGAUGAAACCACUCUUGAGAUGAAACAACCCAAUAGUGUGGGUUGAUAUGAGUGUUAAAAAAAAACAAUAAACUGGUUUUAAUGUG